GCUGAAGGCAUGAUGGGUCGAAAUAUGUCCAUGAAACAUGAAAGAUCCAACCAUUUGAAAAAUACACAUUUGAGCCUGAGACCAGGUAGUCUUCUACACUUUUUCGUCUGGAUGAUAAUUGACACAAUGUUGAUGCUUUUAGUGACAUUGACAAUGGUUGUUAUGGUCAACAAAGUGAAAGAACUUUGUUUUUGGAUUAAAGACCACAGCUGGGUGACAAUUGUUUUGAUAUUAAUUGGGACACUUCCAAUUCUUGUUCUCUCAUUACUCAAACUUCUCGGAUAUCGUCGUGAAAUUGAUCAUUUUCUAAUAGGAAUCAGUUUCGUGCUAUGUUCGAUGGGUUUCGCCAGUGUGUUCAAAACUGUUCACUUGUUGACAGCUUUGGCAGCAAGUGGUGCGACGAUCGUGUUGACUGCAGUUGCGCUCAUUAUGGCUCUGUACCUGAGGAAUUCCAAUUUUCUGUUCACCAUUACACUUUUUGCAGUUUUAUGUGCUUCCGUGCUUAUUGGAAUAAUUAUGUACAUUGUUGAAUACGUAUCAGGUAGUACUGAAAAGGUAUUAUUCAAUUGUUCCAUAUUUUUGAAAAUCUCAACUUGAUUUAUUACGUUU